GAAGAAAUUUUGAAAAACUGCUAACGUUUACCUUCGCUCAAACACGGAAAUUAUUAAUUAAACUUGGCGCAUCUAUUUGUUAUUGUUGAAAUAAGAAAAAUAACAACUGCAAGUGUUCUUCCGAGCAAUAUGUCGAUGGGAAAACAGUUUCGUACUUUAGCUCAACCAUACUAUUGGAUGAAUAUUUUAAUGGCAUUGUCGUAUUUGCUUGCCAAAAAAACCAAGCCUAUCUGUUCCAUGGUGUUUGCAGGCGAUGAUAUGUGUGAACUGGAUAGCAGGGAAAACGAAAUUUUGUUUUUCCUAUUAAUAGUAAUAAUGAUACGGUCAAGAAAAACAGGCAGUGUGAACAUGAUAAAUUAUUUGUCGUCGUCAUUUAUAUAUACCAAGGUUGCUAAUGCUAUACUAUGGGCUUACAGCGAUUUUCGUUACGGUCUUGCUUUUCUGUUGUUGUGCAUAUUAGUUGGAAUGCUAUUACCAGAGCCAACCUACAAAGGUCCCGAGCAUAUUACUUACUUUCGGACAAUUCAAGCCUUUGAAGAUGAAUUGGCGCAAAAUAAACGCAUCAAUUGGUUGGUGUGUUUCUACACUGUAUGGAAUCCGAAUUGCGUAAAUUUUGCGCCUAUUUUUGCUGAACUCUCAGCAGAAUAUAAUUUUGAUACUUUGAAAUUUGGCAAAUUUGAUAUCGGCCGUUUUCCGGAGAUAGCACAAAAGUAUCGCAUUUCGGAUAGUAGUUUGUCACGGCAACUUCCCACCGUAAUACUUUUCAAGAAUGGCAAAGAAGUAGAACGUCAUCCAAAAGUAGACGCCAAAGGAAAGUUAUUAAAAUUCUUUUUCUCGGCUGAUAAUGUUCGAGCUAGCUUUGAUCUGAAUAAUCUGUAUAAACAGUGUGUCGAAGAUAAACUGAAACAAUCCAAACCACAACAAAUUAUGAAUAGUACCACUAAUACUAUAGCUGCCAUAAAGAAGACGCAAUAAAUGUUUCAACGUUGUAUAGCAUUCAAUCGGAAAUAUUAUCAUCGUUUAUAUAAUAUUCGGCGUGGAAAAAAUUAUUUCAUUACUCAUUACGCGUAUGUUAUUAAACAUUUGAGUGGCUUUUUAAGCGCGAAUUUUGACAAAAGUGGUAGCGGGAAUUUUUGUCUAUUUUACAUGCUAUCAGUUUUUGUGUAUAUACAUUGUUAAGAAUGUUAUUAUUCUUCUUAUGUUGCUUGUUAUUCUACGUUUCCUUUGUUUUCUCUGUUGUGCUAAAAAUGAAACCCUUAAUCGGGUUUUUAAGUCAGUAGAUUAUUAAUUUUUAAUAGUUGUAAAGUUGCAUUUUCUUGUCUAUUUUAAUAAAUUAUCUGCCAUA